UUUUACUCAUUUUUGAGGUUACGUCGCAUUGUUUUUAUAACCAAGAAAAAUUUUUUGUAUCGUUAAAAUAAAAACUUUAAUGUAUAAAAUUUGUUAAUAGUGUGAAAGUGUUUUUUUUCCAUCAUUAUGUCGUCUCAAAUGAGCACGAAAGAAAAACUUCUUUACAUAAUCGACGAUAUCGAAUUAAUCUCCAAAGAAAUCAUCGAGAAUUCCAUCGCUCCUAAACACCUCAAGCUCUCCGGUCCUGAAUACGCCCAAUUAACGGAGCUUUUGGUUGCCAAAAACACUGAACUUACUGAAACCCUCAAACUGGCCGCCGAGCAGGCCCAAAUCGACAAAAAAAUGGACAUUCUUAAGGCCGAAGUUGAGCGUCAAGACAACGACAUUAACAAUUUGCAAAAACAACUCAAAGAAGCUGAACAAAUCCUUGCGACUGCUAUCUACCAAGCCAACCAAAAGCUCCAGUCAAUCUCCCGCGCCAACAAACGUCCAGUUUCAUCAGAAGAACUCAUCAAAUUUGCUCACAGAAUUAGCGCAUCUAAUGCCAUCUGUGCCCCCUUAACGUGGCAACAAGGCGAUCCGCGACGACCAUAUCCCACUGAUAUUGAAAUGAGAUUGGGGCUGUUGGGGCGACUGAUGAGUGAUCCGAUUAACGGACAUUUGUUGCAACAGCAGAACAGUUUGUCAGAUUUACAUAGACAGGGGCACCCUGGGGAAAUACCUGCAGCGCAACAAAAUCAAUUUGCGUGGCAUCCCUCAGGGGAGAUUCAUAUGAGUGUGGGGCAAGGGAGUGUCCCCAUGGAUACGAGGAAUCAUAAACAGGAGACGGAGGAUGUUGAGGUUAUGUCCACGGACUCCAGCAGCAGUUCCUCAAGUGAUUCACAGUAGUUUUAUUGCUUUUUAAGGGCUAAUUUAAUUUUUAUUAUGUUUUUUGUAAAGACUAUUGCAUUAAAAUUCAAAAUGUUUGGAUGCCACUGCGCAUGUGCAUAUACCAUUUCUUUGCCAAAAAAACUGAAAUUUGAUUUUGAAAAGGAAAAUAAGCUGAGACUUUGGUUGUACUGAAUUAGACUGAUAAAAUCAAUAGAUUGUUUGAGAAAAGUUUUGUCUCAUCAAUCAAACUCUUCGUGACAGUUUAGAUAAGAUCUUUGUUUACGUCUGAUGAAUAUUGUCUUCUUAUGUUUGUUUAUAAUGGAAGGAAAAUAAAACACAUUUCGUUGUAA